AUGCCUGCGGUUCCGUUCAAAGUGAAGGCGAUUUUCGAAUACAGAUCGGAUGAGCCUGAUGAUCUCAACUUUGAAAAUGGCCAGAUAAUCACAGUUACAGAAGAGGAGGAUGCGGAUUGGUAUACUGGCGAAUACGUGGAUGCCUCCGGGGAGAAGCUUCAAGGUCUUUUUCCAAGGAACUUUGUCGAGAAGUACGAACCGACAAUCCCUUCGCGCCCGGUGCGUGCCCCAAGGCGUGCUCAGGUUCCAGAGGCCUCCGAGCGUGUCCCAGAGCCUCCGGUACCACAACCAAUCCCUCCGCCAACAGAGCCUUCUGAAAUUAUACAAGAAGAAGAGAAAGCAUUCGUAAGGGAACCAGCGGAACCAGCGAGAGCAGAACCUGAGGCACCCCUGCCAGCUUCGAAGCCUCAACCUGUCGCACCCAUCCCAUCGACUACGGUCCCAAGUUCUCCUCCUGUCGCUGUCCGAGCCCCUCCACCUGUCGCAGAGAAGCCAUCCUCGAGUUCUUUCAAAGACAGGAUUGCGGCCUUCAACAAACCUGCAGCGGCCCCGAUUACGCCUUUCAAGCCAGGGGGAGGUGGAGCAAGCAGCGUUUUCAUCAGAAAGCCAUUUGUUGCACCUCCACCCAGCAGAAACGCCUUCGUUCCUCCUCCUCGGGAACCUCCGAUUCAGAAGCCAUACCGUCGUGAGGAUGACGCAAGUAUAAAUGGAGCAGAAUCUAGAGACCUAGGGGAACCUGCAGCCACGCAACCGGAGCCUGGGGCUGAAGAGCAACCAAAACCCCAGUCUCUCAAAGAAAGGAUAGCACUUCUGCAGAAGCAACAACUGGAGCAAGCGGCACGAAAUGCUGAAAAGAAGGAAAAACCAAAGAAGCCGCCCAAGAAGAGAGUCGACACCCUUGAGCCUAGUGAACAAACCCAGCCAGCUGAGCCGACUUUGGCCAGACUAGAUUCCAAUGAGACUGUAGGCCGCCCAUCUACUGAGGUGACGGAGAGCGAGCGUGAACCGAUUAGCCUCGCUCGCCGAACAACUGGUCUCGGCACCCCACAGCCAGCUUCUCGCGAGCUCGUCAGUGAUACAAAUGAUGCCGAUGACUCAGGAGCCGCGGAUGAUGAUGACGUCCAGGAAACAUCCACCGAAGAGGAGCGCCCAAAGUCCAAGGGCACAGAUAUACCCGCUCCAGCAGCUAUUUCCAGGAAAUCAAUGGAUGACGACCAGGAGCAAGAGGGCGAGGAGGAAGAAGAGGAAGAGGAAGAGGAAGAGGAGGAAGAUCCGGAGAUCCGCCGGAGAAGAGAGCUAAGAGACAGAAUGGCUAAGAUGAGCGGAGGUAUGGGCAUGAUGGGCAUGUUUGGCCCUCCAGGUGGGAUAGGACUUCCUGGAGUUGCGAGGAAGCCAAAAUCAGAACCCUCUCGGCAGACUUCUGAGAGCCAUACGCAGGAAGAACCUCAAGAACGAGCGGCUCCAGUCCGAAUUAUGGCUUUGCCAGGAAUGUCCCAGUCAACCAGACAUCAAGAAGAACCUCCAGCUUCUCAAGAGAGCGACGAAGAUGAGACUGCACGUCCGACGCCUCAAGACCCUGGCGUUCAGGGGGAGACCGAAGACUAUGUUUCGAAACCAUUGCAACGUCGCUCGACAGAUCGUCCCGCCCCACCGACGUCACAAGACCGCGCCGUUCCUCCUCCACCAGUACGCGAUACAAGAGGUGCCCCUCCUCCUCCUCCCCCUUCAGGCCCGAGAGCAGCCCCUCCAAUUCCACAAUCACCGACCACCCGAUCCGUACCCCCGCCUCCCCCGUCGUUACCUCAAGUGUCUCCAGACAUUCCUGGUGACGAAGAAGGGGAUGAAGUCAACGAACCUCCGGAGAAGGACACCCAGGAGGCGCCAGAGACCCCAGCUAGCGCGCCUGCUCUUCCUCCUAUACUACCAACUAGAAUACCUGAACCUUCUACCUUGGAUACUGCCGAGAGCAGCAUGUCUCCAACCACGGAUAAACGUGCUUCGCGGCUCCCACCUCCUAUUCCCAUGAGCCCGACUUCUCCUCAGACCAGAGCUCCUCCGCCUCCACCACCGGGCGCUCCCCCAAGCCGCCGUUCAACGACUGAUUCGCGUGGUCUUGGCAUUGUGCAGUCCCCGAGGCCCGAGAUAGAUGACGAAGAGGAAGUCACUGAAUAUGACGGAGAUUACGAUACGGACAUUGCUUCGAGUGCAAAGCACAAAGAUGCGUUGAAGGCUCACAAUCGAGACUCGAGUCUCGACGAAGGUGUGCUCACGGAUGACAUGAAGUCACCAAAGCACGCACACCCACGAGCUGCUCCUCCGCUGCCGCCGGUCAGUGUCCCGCGAGACGUGCCGCCUCCGCCACCGUCUCUACCAACGCCAAAGAGCAGGCGAUCUAUGGAUGCCCCACGUGCGGCCCCUCCACCAGUUCCGCCUCCAAAAGUAGCUGAAGACGACGAUUAUGAUCCGUACCGAUACUCCGCACCCCAACAUCCUCCGCCAUCUCACUAUGCCAAAACACCGUAUUCUAUGUCGUUGCGAUCGCCGAAAGAGGAGCUCGAGGAAGAUGAUAUGUACAGUGCAAUGCCACGACCAACCACUAUACCGCCUCCACCUGCAGAAAGGCCCGCACCUCCACCGCCGCUACCAGAGCCGGCGGAGUAUAUUCCACCUCCCACCCUCGCACCUCCUCCUCCAGCAGAUUCUCCUGAACAACCUACAGAUCUCCGAAGAUCGGGUACUCUUUCUCGCCGUUCAAUGGAUCAUUCUCGGGGAAGCAGCGAACAGGGGUACAUUGCUCAAGAUAUUGACCUCGGAAAAGGCUCAAUGUGGUGGACUCAAGACAACUUGCCACCUCCUUCACUCCAAGGGAGACCUGAUAUCCUAUAUGAAAUGGAGUCUGGUUCCUCUACCAAGCGAGGGGGUAGGACCACCGUCUCGAAGGAUAUUUACGUGCUUUACAUGGACUAUUCUCAGACUACCAUCAAUGUUAGCUACGACGCGGCGGACCCAACUCACGUGAAAAUGGAGCAGAACCAUGGGCGACCACCACCUGCGCCUCGGCGUGAUCAACUGGAAAAUGCGUCUGGUCAAUAUGGGAGUCAGAUAGCAAGAGUCGCCAGCGGUCUUUCCGGUACAACUGUCGGUGACGGCUCCGCACGAGGAUUUGUCCUCGAACUCUUAAAACCUCACCCAACAGCUCUCCUACCGGUUGGCACGAGGGCAUAUGGUGCUCUCGUUUACUCCAAUUUAGGUAACGCGUCUACACAACAAUUCGACGAAAUUCGGCCGGGUGACAUAGUCACGUUCCGCAAUGCCAAGUUCUCUGGCCACAAAGGCGGCCUGCACCAAAAGUACAGCGUCGACGUGGGGAAACCAGAGCACGUGGCCGUGGUUAUCGAUUGGGAUGGCACGAAGAAGAAGAUCCGCGCUUGGGAGCAGGGGAGGGAUCUGGAGAAGGGGAAAAAGCCGAAGGUCAGAGAGGAGAGUUUCAAGGUCGGCGAUUUGAAGAGCGGAGAAGUCAUGGUUUGGAGGGUCAUGCCGAGGACUUGGGUGAAUUGGGAUACUAUCAAGUCGUGA